AUGAUCCUGAGGAGCUUCGUCCUCAUCAGCUGCCUCGCAAGGAUCACCACUUCGUUGAAAUGCUCUUCAUAUUUGGAGUCCCGCCGCGACUCGUCAAUCCGGGACAUCCGACUUGCUGAAAAUCGGACACUUUGCCUGCGCCCUAUUGGUGCGCCGUCGAUGAUUUACGCAAUUUCGGUGACGAACGUCUGGACCCAAUGGGCGCUUUCCGCCCGCCAGGACUUUGUACUCGCCGAUUUCGAGCUGAAAAAUUGUCACUGCGACUGCCGCCGCAACAGUGAAGUCUGUGACAAAGGGCAGCUGAAGAAAGAGUGCCCCGACUGCCUACAAAUCACCAACUCGCACCCAAACGCCGCUGGGUGCGAUAGAAACGUGGAGGCGACGUCGUGCUGUAAUGUUGAGGCCAAAAAUCUGCGCAACAUUUCGACGUUCCACCUGUCGCACCCGAUCCUCUUCUAUCGGCUCGAGAUCUCGAAGUGGAGCGAAAAUCCCGCGGAGGCGCGAAAGCUGCUGAGUACCGACGUCUGGGAGGAGAUGAACGCCGGCGAGAGGCACCGAUUACCCAUCGAAAACAUCACGUUCGAGCUGCACACCGUGCCGAAGGCGCACAAUUUGGAGCGCGAGGUGGUGCUCGAUUUGAGCAGUCAGCAGCUGAUUCCGUUGCUGUACUCUCAUCGAUGCGUCGACGCGUUCACUCGCACCGCUUCUGGAGCUCUAGAAGUCCGUGACGAGAGUUGCCUCCCAAAAUUGGCCCUCGACAGCUGCCCCGACCAGCGUCUAUUAGUGCAAAAGAUUACGAAUCGAAAAAUCGACUUCACGCGCGGGCAACGGGCGACAAUCUCUGAGGAUGAGCGCCAUGUGUUGUUGGAUGGAAACUUAGUGUUGACGCUGACGAUUGAUGACAACAACAAUCAAGUGGAAGCUCUCGAAGACACUGCAAAAAUCGAUGAGAUGCGGGACGUCAGAAUUGAAGUUGAUGCUUGGAGCCGGAGGCAUUUCCACGCGCGACUCACCGGAGCACAGGGCACGCUGCAAUUCACGUUCGUGACACUGUCCCUCAACGCCAGCAGGUACACAGUCCAAUACGUGGUCCCCACGGCCCUCGCCAACUCGGAAAGCCACUGGGUGUCCGUUGCGCUGCCGGCGUCGAUACGGGAAGACUCGACGGUGUGCGUGGCGCCACUCGGACAACCCAAUCACCAACUCUGCGCCCAUGCCGCCUACAAGGAGACCAAGGCUACGUCCUGGGACUUUUUGCCGCCCUCCGUGUUCGUCGGAUCGUGCGAAAAUUGCGUCGGGGCUACGUCGAUCGUCGAUAGGAUUGCUGGAGCUGUUGGGCUUCUCGUCCCGGCGAAAUCACUCGCCAAACUUUUUCACGGCGAACCGCUGCAGUGGACGGAUUUGCAGGCUCUCCUACUCUCCGCCCUGCUCCUCGCCUGCGGCAUCUUGAUUUGCGUCCUUUUCAAAAGGAUCGUCGUCCCGCUAAUCGACUGUCUCCUCUGCUGCCUAUCGCCGACGGGCCUUUUCUCGAGGCAGGGUGACCGGGCGCGAAAAAAGCACCGCUACGCGGCCGUGUCGCCCCUGCAGACCAGCCAAGUC